AAAGGGAGUCCCGUGUCCCAAACAGCGGAAGCGAGCGAAAAAACGAAAAUGGAGGCCAAGAUGACCCAAUUCUUCGAGUCGGUUGGCAAUUUCUUCACUGGCGGCGACCAGAUCCCCUGGUGCGAGCGCGACAUCAUCGCCGGAUGUGAAAGAGAGGUUGCUGAGGCUCAGAAAGGUUCAAAUGAUGAAUUUUUCAAAGAAUGUCUCAUGCGACUGUCAUGGUCUCUUGUUCAUUCAAGGCAACCAGAGGAUGUGAUACGUGGAAUAGCAAUGCUUGGAGCUUCUUUGAGUGACGCUAAUAGCAACCCUCUGCAAUUGCGAGAGACAGUGUAUCUUCUUGCUGUUGGGCAUUACAGGAAUGGUGACUAUUCUAAGAGUAUGGAACUUGUUGAACAGUGUUUGACGAUUCAACCUGCUUGGAGACAGGCACUGAACCUUAAGAAGAUGAAUGAAGAUCGGAUUAAAAGAGAUGGUGCGAUUGGGAUAGGUAUUGCUGCAACUGCUGUUGGACUGAUUGCUGGUGGAAUUGCUGCGGCCGUGGCCCGGAAGAAUUGAUCAAACUCUUUCUGCAGUCUCUUCAGAUAAACAUGCUUCUUGAAUUCUGUUGCUUAACAAAUCCAGUCCGUGUUUAUAAAACUUUACAUUAUAUGUAAAAUGAAUGCUAGCUUAUAUACACCAGCAUGAAGUUAUGUAUGUUACAAACCAAUAUCAACCUGAUGAAUUUUAUUUCGUAGAUGGAUGAUGGGCUGUAUUAGGCUCUAAAUAUC